UCGGCUCCCUACCCAAGCUUCGGAAACAUUGAGAUUUGCCUGCAAGGAUCAAUAGCCAUCAUCCGUAACCAUGCCUGAAGACUACACCUACAAAAGCUCUGGCACCAAUAGCCAGGGUAACCACUACUGCGCGCGGGAUUAUGGCAGCAGUGCUUCCAACUCCAACUCUUACCACUACUCCAACCAGGACGGCUCUUACUACUAUUCCAACUCGAACGGCAGCACCUAUUACAAUGAUGGUGCUGGAAACUCCACUUACACAGCUCCUAGCGGAGACUCGACCUCCUCGUCUGGAAACAGCAGCCAAAAAUAGAGAGCCAACGAUCUGUUGAAGCUUGCUUUGCAGCCGAAAUUGAGAGCAGAAGCUCUGUGGUUGGAAGUCUGGACGAGAGAAUGACGGGUAGUACUAAAUCUAGUGCGGGGUUGCAUAUGUGAUUACAGGAGAUAACCAUCAUGGUGCAAAUGAAUCAAUUGACUUCUUCUCUACAUACGAACAAUGACUACUACCUAUGUGAACCAUCCCACCCCUUAGAAAUUUCACCUCAUCCCGUCAAAUACCAUCUGAAUCCUGAGCCGGCAUCGUAUGUUAAAUCCUCAUAAAUCCAUCAAUGCCGCAAUUAUAUAUCAAAAAGCAAAAAUUCCUCAUAGCCUAGAAAAGCGAGCGACUAAGCGAGCAAACAAGCAACAAUUAUGCCAUUCCAUUAGAUAAAAAAAAAAUAGAGAGAAGAAAGAAAAAAUAAAAGACCCGAGG